AUGCGUCACACCGCCGCACGCUAUCGGAACUCGGAAGCUGGCGGACCUUCCCCGGCUGAAUCUGUUUGCCCGAUGGGUGGUCAGUGUCGAGUAGAAGGUCCCGGUAGGGGCAAGUGUCCGCAUUGCCGGUAUCGGAAAUGUCUGGAUUUGGGCAUGACACUAACACGUGAGUCGGUCGCAAACAAAGAAGACAACACAAUAAAACCUGAGUGA